UGGUUGGGUGUGUGGAUCAUUGAUUAGCUAUCUAUACGUGCAUAAUAUACGUGUAUUUUUAUUGAAAAAUUUGAGAUGAUUAGCUGCUCAAGGCAUCGACUCUCCGUCGACGGUCGCUAGCGUCGAUGUGGAUCCGCCUGUCAUUGUCGUGAGUCCGGCCCCAAUCUAAUAGCCCACUGUGAAGGCUCAGGCUGUCAUAAUGUCGGAGCCCAAGGCACCCACCCCGACUCCGGCUGGAGACACAUACAAAGGAUGGCUAUUCAAAUGGACAAAUUACAUCAAGGGCUACCAGCGACGAUGGUUCGUCUUGAGCAACGGUUUACUAUCCUACUAUAGGACUCAGGCGGAGAUGGGCCACACGUGCCGGGGCACAAUCAACCUGGCCACGGCCAACAUCGCGGUGGAGGACUCGUGCAACUUUGUCAUCUCCAACGGCGGGGCACAGACCUACCACCUGAAGGCCAGCUCUGAGGUGGAGCGGCAGCGCUGGAUCACCGCCCUGGAGCUGGCCAAGGCCAAGGCUGUCCGCAAUCAGGCCGAGUCUGAUGACUCUGGUGAUGAGUGUCCCACGUCACCCCCUACCUCGGGACAGGGCGGAGGGGCACGUAACUCUAACUCAGAGGUACAGUCCACACUACGCACGCUUGGCAGCAAGGUGGAAGACCUGAGCACCUGCAACGACCUCAUCGCCAAGCACGGCUCCGCCCUCCAAAGGUCCCUGUCAGAGCUGGAGGGGGUGCGUCUGGGAGGCGACACGGAUGGCAAGAUCCGGCAGGUGACGGAGAGAGCCACGUUGUUCCGCAUCACCUCCAACGCUAUGAUCAACGCAUGCAGAGACUUCCUAGCGCUGGCCCAGGCCCACAGUAAACGGUGGCAGAAAGCCUUGCAUUCGGAGCGGGACCAGAGGAUAAGGCUGGAGGAAACAUUGGAGCAGCUAGCCAAGCAGCACAACCACCUGGAGAGGGCCUUCAGAGGGGCCACCGUAUUGCCCCUCUCCCAGAGCAACCCUGCCCUGAACAGCAAGAUUUCGGGCUCAGCAAAGGGAGACGCAAGCGACGAGGAUGAUGAAAACGAGUUCUUUGACGCUAUGGAGGACCCGGCGGGGUUCAUCACUGUACCGGCCGACCCCAAGUAUCAUAGAAGGUCAGGAAGUAACAUCAGUGGUCUCAGCGCUGAGGCUGGAAUCGAUGACCAAUCGCUUUGUGACGAGCAGUCGUUGGGGUCCAAUCCGGAGUCGCCCCAAUCCCUGGAUGUGGAGCCAGUGAGGAAGAGGCGGACCAAAAUCCCAGACAAGCCCAACUAUUCGCUGAACCUCUGGAGCAUCAUGAAGAACUGCAUCGGCAAAGAGCUCUCCAAGAUCCCCAUGCCUGUGAACUUCAACGAACCGAUCUCCAUGCUGCAGCGUCUGUCCGAGGACUUGGAGUACUACGAGCUCCUGGACAAGGCGGCUAAAUGCCAGAGCUCUCUGGAGCAGCUGUGCUACGUGGCUGCCUUCACCGUAUCGUCGUACUCCACUACGGUCCACCGUACAGGCAAACCCUUCAACCCCCUACUGGGGGAGACCUACGAACUGGACCGGCUGAGGGAGAGCGGCUACCGCUCACUGUGUGAACAGGUGAGUCACCACCCGCCUGCAGCUGCUCAUCAUGCCAUCUCAGAGAGAGGCUGGACCCUCCGACAGGAGAUCUCCCUCGCCAGCAAGUUCAGGGGAAAAUACCUUUCCAUCAUGCCUCUGGGCUCUAUCCAAUGCGUGUUUGAGAAGAGCAACAAUCACUACUCGUGGAAGAAAGUCACUACCACAGUACACAACAUCAUUGUGGGCAAAUUGUGGAUCGACCAGUCGGGAGAGAUAGACGUGGUGAACCACCGGACCGGUGACUGCUGCCAUCUCAAGUUCGCCCCGUACAGCUACUUCUCCAGAGACGUGGCCAGGAAGGUGACUGGUGUGGUGACCGACAAGGAGGGUAAGGCCCACUAUGUGCUGUCAGGGACGUGGGAUGAGAAGAUGGAGUUCUCCAGGGUGAUGCAGAGCAAUAAGGGAGAGAACGGCACCGAGGGCAAACAGAAGACCGUCUACCAGACGCUCAAAGCCAAGGAGCUCUGGAGGAAGAACCCACUACCUGAGGGAGCGGAGACCAUGUACUACUUCUCGUCGCUGGCACUGACGCUCAACGAGUCUGAGGAGGGCGUGGCGCCCACCGACAGCCGGCGGCGGCCCGACCAGCAGCUGAUGGAGGCGGGCCGAUGGGACGAGGCCAACGCCGAGAAGCAACGGCUGGAGGAGAAGCAGAGGAGUGUCCGCCGCGAGAGGGAGAGAGAGGCCCAGCGCGCAGCCAACCUGCCAGAGGAGGGGGCAGAAGGGGUGGAGGUAGCAGAGGACGGCGUCCACCAGGACAACUAUGAGGCGAUGUGGUUCGAGAGGACCGAGGACGUCGUCACGGGAGAGUCCAUGCACGUCUACAAGGGGGGCUACUGGGAGGCGAAGGACCACGGCAACUGGGACAUUUGCCCAGAUAUAUAUUGAUUUCCCCCCCCCCCCCCCCGAUCAGCGAAUUGUACUAACCCAGGCAUUUGGAACAAGCCACAAGCUGCCCUUUUUCCCCCAAUUGAAGAAGGGACAAACUGGGUAUCGACCCUGUUUAACCCCAACCCUCCCUCUUUCAGGAUAGAUUUUGGGUUGUAAUGCCCCUUACCUCUCCCCUAUCACUCUCUGUGGGGAUGGUGUGCAUAGGGGCUGUGAGACCCUGUAGGACAAUGCAACCGGACAGGGGGAAAGACCUGCUUUCUUCUGCCUUCAUCUUCCGUGUAGGGUCAACUUGCCCCUAGAUGCUGAUCUGGGGUCAGUUUUGCAUUUCCCCCGCUAAUGUUUAAGGUUAGGAUUGGGGGAGCCGAAGCUGAUCCAAGAGCUGUAGCUAGGGAAAACGUCACCCCUGAAAGCUUCAUCUUCACUACAAUGAUUAGAUAUCUCCCUUUAGAGCCACUGCCACUGGCUAGACCUCUGUGUCUUCUGUUUCUUCCUUUGCUGCUCUCUUUCUCACCCACUCCAUCUCUUGUUAUGUUAGUCUGUGGAAAAGACUGGGGGCAGAUAGGUGGUCUGGUUGAUGGUGUUAAAUCGCUAGACUCUAUCAAACACUAACUCUACCUUGCUCCUUUUCCAAGGGAUAUGGACUAAAUGCAUAUGGACAUGAAUUGUGUGUGUGAAGAGGGGGGUUAUAAUAGCAAUGGGUUGGUGCUUAUGUCUGCCAGAUUUUCAAAGCUUCACAAAUGCUGUUUAAGAGGUGUGUGUGUGUGUGUUUGUUUGAGAGAAAGGGGGUGAGCAACAAAUGCAGGAGCCCACGUGUGUGCGCAUGAGAAAAUGUGUGUGUCAGAGAACCCAGUGACAUCACAUUAGCUCCUCUGCUGUGGCUGUUUUGGCUUGGAGCCUGUUAUCCCUCUCGAAGCAGCGAAAUCGGCUAAAUGAAGGAUAUAUCGUCAUAAAGUACUAUUUAAACAGUUCCUACUAUGUCCUACAUCCCAAAGAUGACUUCCACCUCUUCAACAGCAAAACAAUCUAGCGUAGCCUUAUCGUUUUCUAUUAUGGUUAGUGUAUGAAGCAGACUCGACCAUAACAUAUUGGAAUAGUGGCCUAGUAAUUUAGUGUCCAAAAUGGCACCCUAUUCCCUAUAAAGUGCACUUCUUUUGACCAGGUCCUGGUCAAAAGUAGUGCACAAUAAAUGAAUAGGGAUGCAUCAAGAGAUUACUUGUAAUCUACUUUAACUCAAGUGUGUGUGUGUGCACUAGUACAGAGUGUGAGGUUUGAGUUCCAAAAAUAAGAAUUCACAUUUUAUUUUCAAGUGUACUUACAAAAUGUUUCUGAGACCGAGGAAAAAAACAGAAUACAAAGCGAAACAACAUUGCUAAUAUUUGUGUAUAUAUAUAUCAAAGUAAUAAUUUAGUGUUAAUAAUAUUGAAUAGUUAGAUCUAAGUAUGGUGAUUGUGUUUAAGGUCAGAGAGAACUCCCAUUGGUUUCUGUAAAAUAGAACAUGACUGUUUCUCCAUUAAUUGUAAGUCAACUAACUUGUUUGAUUACUUUGUUUUCUCCUACUCCCUGGCCCCGUACACACUCACUUUGUAGAAUACGUUUGAUCCAGUUACACUGCUGUAAGACACCAGUUGUAAAAAAAAUAUCAUUGUCAGGUGUUCUACAACUAAUUUACUGGACUUGUCUUAAGUUCAUUUUGAGUUUCCUUUCACUGUCUUCCCAUUUGUUGUAGUUCCCCAUCUUUAAGUUCAUUCAUUCUCUUAUGGAUCUUGGUCAGUGCGCUGAGUAUAACAGCAUCGCAGGGUGAUGUAAUAAAGCCUGACUGGAGAAGUGCA